UUUCUGCUCAGGUUGCUAGGAAACGCGUCGUGUCCAUGUUGCCGAGGCGGAAGGAAGAUUCUGUAGCGUAAAAUUAAAAACACAAAGCAGUUUUGAAGAUUCUGCUAAUAUAUUUAUUUGUUUGUACGCUGCCAUGGUGAAAUUAAGAGCAAGGUGCCUUCUUGUAGGAGAUCCAGCAGUGGGGAAAAGUGCUCUCUCUCAGAUGUUCCGGAGUGAUGGUGCACACUUCCAGAAGAACUACAGUAUGACGGCUGGAGUGGAACUGGUUGUGAAGUCAGUGAACAUCCCAGAGACCAGCGACAGUGUGGAACUGUACAUCUUUGACUCUGCCGGGAGGGAAACCUUUGUUGAAGCAUGUGAGAAGUUGUGGGGCCAGCCGUCUGUGUUGUGUCUGGUGUUUGACGUGAGCAGUGAGCUGUCAUUCACUAACUGUGGUCGCUGGCUGGAGAGGGUCAGGGCCCACUGCCAGGGUCUGCACAUCCCAGGUGUGUUGGUGGGUAACAAGUCGGACCUGUCCUCGCGGAAGGAGGUGGAGACCUCGGUGGCCCAGGAGUGGGCCCAAAGCCAGGGGCUGCAGUACCACGAGACGUCCGCUAAGGAGAUGGAGAACUGUGAAGCUCCCUUUCUGAGUCUAGCCCAGCUGUUCCACGCUCUCUACCAAGAUAGACUACAGACCAUACAGAAUCUGGCCUAACAUUCUAUAACCUGGCCUAACAUUCUAGAACCUGGCCUAACAUUCUAGAAACUGGCCUAACAUUCUAGAAUCUGGCCUUACAUUC